AUGGGCGGCUCACGCACCAGCAAAAAAAGCUUCACUUUCGAUGAAGACAUACCUCCGACAUCCCCGCGGCAGCGGCCGCGCUCUACUAGUCCAUCUUUCAACACCAGCUUCCCCAGCGCGAGGCCUGUCCACGAAGAAGUUGAAAGCCACAUAGAUCUCGGUUCCGGCGAGGUGCCACCGAGAGACCCGAAGCCGCUCACGAAGACCAACUCUGAGCCGGACAACGGAGCUUUGGUACAAACCGCCAGACACGCGCUCACCCUCAACAAAGACACACACAGGAAGGAAGCCACUCCCAACAAAACCAGCCGCAAUGCCGACCCCCGGCGCCCGGAAAAAGUUGGCAAAUACUGGAGCAUCACGCAAGAAAAAUGGGACGAGGCAAGCGGCGGAAAGAAGCGCCAAUUCAACCACAUGCGCAGGAUCAUGGAGACAGAGUAG